GUUUGGGUUCGGCAAUUUCAUCAACAGUAUAAACGUGUUCAGGGCUGGUUUCAGAGUUAAAAACAGAAGAUUCUGGAAUGAUCUCAAGAAGAACUUCUAUCAAGAGAAAACAUACUCUCCAGGAUUAAAUAGAUAUUAUGAAGUCUCAUUGAUUGGUAAGGAGCCCAGCAAUCUCUAGUGAUAAAGACCAGGUGCUCCUAUGAGAGUUUCAUAAUGACAAUACUUUAUACGGAGGCAAUACUACUUAUAAUAUUAAAUAUGAGCCAGAGAAAAAGUGUAUCCGCUGCUAUGGACUUCACAAGCUUCAGAAUUCAGGACUUUUGAAGUAUAUGACGUUUAGAGAACAGAACUUUACUAAAGAAUACGCUUCACAGCAAUAUAUGUUCGGUGGAUUCAGAAGUAAAUACCAUGCAAUCAAGAGAAUGCACCUUGAGAAUGGACUAGCAAUUACUCUAGAGAACUUGAAACCUUCCAAAAAUUUGGUUGUAGAGAUGACUGUGACAGGUGACCAGUUCACUAAGAUUACUGUUGGUUGCUAUAUUCUUGAUCAUAAGGAAGGAUUAAACACUUAUCAGCUUCCAUUCAGGAACUUCAUAGAUAUGACAACGAAAUCUAUCUUUCCUUGUUUUAAGGAUUUUGAUAUCUUAGAUUUUGCCAUAUUCGCACAGGGAACUGAGGAAGGGCCUUACGAUUUCAGAAUUAGGAAAGUAGAUUUCAUCUAUAACAAAGAGUUUGAAAAUGAGAGCUUUAUUAAAAUGUCACAAGGAAGAGCACCCGUUAUGUUUGGAAAAGAAUUACCGAAAGAAUUGAGGGAAGAAGACCACCAGAGAUCAACGACUCCCAUCUUUGACCAUGAGGAUGCAUCUAGUAGAAAGAAGAGAGCUUCAAGUAUCAAGAAGAGACUUGACGAUAUUUUCUAGGAACAAAUCAUGAGGAUUUCA